CCCUGUGAAAGCUGUCUCUCCUGUCCCUGUGAAAGCUGUCUCUCCUGUCUCUGUGAAAGACGUCUCUCCUGUCUCUGUGAAAGCUGUCUCUCCUGUCUCUGUGAAAGAUGUCUCUCCUGUCUCUGUGAAAGACGUUUCUCCUGCCUCUGUGAAAGCUGUCUCUCCUGUUUCUGUGAAAGACAUCUCUCCUGUCUCUGUGAAAACUGUCUCUCCUGUCUCUGUGAAAGCUGUCUCUCCUGUCUCUGUGAAAGACGUCCUCCUUCCAGCCCCCGUCAUAGUUGACACCCCAACAGUGAUUGGCCCUUAUGAGGGCAUGAAGCCAGGGUGUACCAAAACGGCUACUCCACUUCCUGAGUUGAAAGUUGAGGUGAUGAAAAAACUGUCCCCAGACAGUGGUGUCCCGUUGAAAGACGUCCCCCCAGUCCCCUCUGUAUUAGUGUCCCCUGUCCCAUAUAACCCAGUGAAGAAGAAUCCUGCCACAGUGGACACACUGACAGCCCUGUCUGACACACUCAUCUCCUUCGACACAGGUUCAUCCAGAGUGCACGGUGAGCCGAUCCCUCAGCACAUGACUGAUGAUCUCCUCUCUCUCACUAAUGGUCUAAAACAGGAGUUGGUAAAGCCCAUCCCUCCCAUCCCAGGAUCUUGGAGUCAGGAGCUUCUCUAUGGAUCAGACAGGCUCAGUUAUGCCGAGUCCGGGGAGGAAGAGGAGGAGCCGAGAGACGAAAAGCCAGAGGACACACACAGAGAUAUUGACAGUCCGACCCCUAGUACUGACUCCAGUGUAAAUGAAAAUGUGUUGGAGGACCUUGAAGACGACUUUAUCCCCAUCAACACGAACACAACAAGACAUACGUGGAAGAGGUCCUGGGACGUCAACCCUAUCACUACCACAGACAAGAGUGAGGAGGAGGAGCCUGAGGAGCAGGAUCCACAGGUGUCCCUGGUUACGGUUCAGAAACAGUCAUCUGACAGUGAAUCACCAUGGGAUAGAUGGAGUGCACCAACUGUCUGUAAAGAGAAGAGAGACCCAGAGCCUUCAAUGGACCGUUCUAGCUCCUACUCCAGGACCUUGGACAGUUCUGCCAACCAGAGACCCACGUCACCAGACACCGAGUCCAAGAAGGGUUUUGUGUACCUGAAGGAGUACGUCAACGCUACAGACCUAACCAAGCACAACGCCAGAGACGUUCCUGACUAUGUAACGUCUAGUUCUACCAGCCAUUCCUACAGCAGCCCCUCUUACACCAGGACUACCACGACGUCUGCCUGUACGUACUGUGGAGAGCAGGUGGGCAACGAUGCCAAGAUCACCAUCGAGCACCUCAACAUCUCCUGCCACCCAGCCUGCUUCAAGUGUGGUGUAUGCAGUAAGCCAAUGGGAGACUUUCUGUACAACAUGUUCCUGCACAAAGGGACAGUCCACUGUGAGAGCUGCUACUCCAACGUCUUGUAGAUUGCUUCUUCCCCUCGUCUCCUCGUCUCUUUUCCUUCAUGGCCACAGAGGUGACAAGACUGGAUGGCUGAUAUAACUGCUCUCUCCUAUCAAGACCUGUCGUCUGCUAACAGACAGGGAACACUGCACCUUUCAUUUGACAGGAAUUUCUGUGUGUCUCAUUUUGUUUUCAGACCUUUGUUUGGGUCCUACUGAAUUGAAUGAGGUUAACAAUGAAAUACUAUGGGAGUUAUUCUAUGGUUUAGGGUUGGUAAAGAUAAUAAUAUGAUCAUAUUACUGAUAUAGUUUAAUCUUCCGUCCGUUUCAAUGUCCACUUUUUUGUUUGUUGCCUUUUUCUCCUUAAAGGCCCAGUGCAGUCAAAAACAUGAUUUCCUGUGUUUUAUAUUUCCACACUAUGAGGUUGGAAAAAUACCGUGAAAUUGUGAAAAUUAUGAUAAUUCCCUUUUAGUGUAAGAGCUGUUUGAAAAGACCUGUUCUGGUGGGAUGGGGUUUAGGACUGUCUGGUGACAUCAACAGGCUGUAUACGUUAAUGGACCAAUAACAAAUAGAGUUUCAAACCUCUUUGCGAAUAACAGCUAGUUUUCAUGUGAGAUAUCCCUCCCAUUAGGCUCGUCCAGUUAGGACUCAGACCAGUCCCAGACAGUCCGAGCUAAAUUCUUGCUUGAGAAAUGGCUCUUUGCUAAGAAGCAAUUUUUAUUUUAGACCAUCUUAAAUUGAAAUCAAUCACAGUAAGAUACUUAAAUUGUUACCCAGAAAUGGUUUGAUAUUGAGAUAAAAAGGGCUGCAUUGUGCCUUUAAUGUUGUAACUUGGUGAAUGUAUUGUGAAAUAUGAAGAUACUGUAUGUAAAAGUCUCUAAAUAUUAUAACGUAAUGACAAGAUUUAACUGGGAACUGGAUAUGUAGAUUGGCAGUUGGGUACAAUUUUCUACUUUCAGUCUUGACUAUGCAAAGAAAAUAACUACAGAUUUUUGAUCAAAUUUUUAUUUUUUAAAUUGUUUUUGACUCAGAAAAACAAUAAAAUUGAUUUAUAUAAACAUGAUAAA